AUGGGAUGUGUGUUGGGACAGCAAAAUGAAACUGGUAAGAAAGAAAGGGCAGUUUACUACUUGAGUAAAAAGUUCAUUGAGUACGAGUCCAAGUAUUCCUCAUUGGAAAAGAUGUGUUGCGCUUUAGCAUGGACGGUGCAUCGACUCAAGCAGUACAUACUAUAUCAUACCACUUGGCUCAUUGCAAAGUUGGAUUCUAUUAAAUACAUCUUCGAGAAACCAUCCUUAUCAGGUAAAGUGGCAAGAUGGCAAGUGUUGUUGUCUGAAUAUGAUAUUGUAUAUGUGUCCCAAAAAGCUAUCAAAGGAAGUGCAAUCGCUGAUUUUCUGGCGAAAAGGGUGGAAGAGGAUUAUGAACCCAUGGAGUUUGAGUUUCCGAAUAAGGACUUGAUGUCAAUAUGCCAAACAAGUGAGGAGGAAUCGGAGAAAGAGAAUUGGAAGAUGUUUUUCAAUGGAGCUUCGAAUGCCUUGGGGCAUGGCAUAGGGGUUGUGUUAGUAACACCAGAAGGAGGUCAUUAUCCCAUUAUAGCCAAGCUUAAUUUCUAUUGCACCAAUAAUGUGGCUGAAUAUGAAGCUUGUGUCAUGGGUCUUUAG